AGGGAGGCUGGCAGCUACGUUUUCUGAACCUGGAACUUGCUAUGGAACAAAGUGCCAGUCAGGAGGGACCCCCGCCAGAGAAUCAUGAGGACCGCAAAAGCAACACAAGACCCUUGACUAGUGGAGCUGUCCCCAUCAAGGGAGAAAUAAAGAAACAUGCUGUUACAGAUGACUACAAAAUCUCUAAGCGGGUGCUGGGCUUAGGCAUUAAUGGCAAAGUACUGGAAUGCUUUCACAAGGAGAAAGGACAGAAAUGUGCUUUGAAGCUCUUGUAUGACAGUCCGAAAGCACGACAGGAGGUGGAUCAUCACUGGCGGGCUUCAAGCUGUCCACACAUUGUCCAUAUCCUGGAUGUUUAUGAGAAUAUACACCAUGGGAAGAGAUGUCUCCUAAUCAUCAUGGAAUGCAUGGAAGGAGGAGAACUGUUCAGCAGGAUCCAAGAGCGUGGAGACCAAGCUUUCACAGAAAAAGAGGCUUCUGAAAUAGUGAGAGACAUCGGAACAGCCAUCCAAUAUCUACAUGCAAUGAACAUUGCCCAUAGAGAUGUUAAGCCAGAAAAUCUCCUCUAUACUUCUAAAGGGAAGGAUGCAGUGCUCAAGCUUACAGACUUUGGGUUUGCCAAAGAGACAACCAUACAGAACGCACUGCAGACCCCCUGUUACACCCCUUAUUACGUAGCCCCAGAAGUUCUUGGUCCUGAGAAGUAUGACAAAUCCUGUGACAUGUGGUCUCUUGGUGUCAUCAUGUAUAUUCUCUUGUGUGGGUUCCCUCCAUUCUACUCCAACACUGGCCAAGCCAUCUCCCCAGGAAUGAAGAGAAGAAUUCGGAUGGGGCAGUAUGGAUUUCCAAAUCCUGAAUGGUCAGAGGUAUCUGACGAAGCUAAGCAGCUAAUUCGUCUGUUGUUGAAGACGGAUCCAACUGAGCGGAUGACAAUUUCUCAGUUUAUGAAUCACCCCUGGAUUAAUCAAUCCAUGGUGGUGCCACCAACCCCUCUUCACACUGCCCGGGUCCUACAGGAGGACAAAGAUCACUGGGAUGAAGUGAAGGAGGAGAUGACUAGUGCUCUGGCUACCAUGAGGGUGGACUAUGACCAGGUAAAAAUCAAAGAUUUGAAAACAUCCAACAACCGUCUCCUCAACAAACGACGCAAGAAACAAGGAGGCACCUCUUCAUCAUCUCCUGGAUGCAAUAACCAGUAAAGAGAAGGGAAGAAGAUAAAUAUCAGAAGGGACAACUAGUCCAACUGGCUUCAGCUCAUCUUACUACCAAAAAAAAA